AUGGCAUGCUUUACUGCUCCCAGCGCUUCCAUUCUCAGCGCCCCUCUUUGCGUCCAAAGUAAGACGCCAGAAGGGGUUUUGGCCUACCAGGCUGGGGAUGUCUCGCGAAGGUCACACGGGGCCGCGAGGAACCUAGCCGGAGGGGCCGCUGCUUUUACAGGUGCCGCUGCGCUCUGUUCAAGAGCCCGAGGUCGCCAGCUGAACUCAAAGAGAGCGGCCAGUCGCAAACAGAUCGUAGUUGUUGGUGGCGGAUUGGCAGGCUUGAAUUUGGCAUUGCGCUUGGACCAGAUGCCAUGGAAGUCUAGACCAGAGGUAAAGCUUCUCGAUCCAAAAGACAGAUAUGUUUUUCUGCCGCUGCUGAUCGAUUAUGCAACGGGUGUGGUGGAGCUGGAAGAGUUCGCCCCAACAUACCGGGAGCUGCUGCAGGAUGCGUCGUCGGUCCAGCAUCUUCAGGGCAGCGCCUCCGAGGUGGACUGGCGCCGGCGGCAGGUUUCCUUCUCCCAAGCCCAAGCCCAAGAUGAACCGCAGAGUCUUUCGUUUGAUGCGCUUGUGAUUGCAUCUGGUGGCGUGGGUCCGUCCGAUUUCGUCUCGUUGCCCGGGCUCGCGGAAGCCUUGGAAAGCGGCAAGGCCUUACGCUUCUCUUCCCUUGCAGAUGCCGAAGCCCUGCGCCGACGCCUUCACUCUGUGGAAUCUGUCGCCAUAGUAGGAGCAGGCUACGUCGGUGUUGAGCUUGCUGCUGGUCUAGCAGAGGUCCUGCCCGAGGCUGCGGCUGCUGGGCGCAUUGCCCUCUUCGGCUCCCGGUUUCUUCCAGGCUGCGAAGAAGCCAACCAGAAGAAGAGUGCAGAAGUCUUGGACGAGCUGGGGAUCCUGCGCAAGACCGGCCGUGUGGUGUCUCUCGAUGCUCCUGGGAUCUACAUUACUUGCGCCUAUACAUGUGGUGUGGGUGGAGAUGCCAAGGCGGAGGGAGUGGCAUGGUCUCCGACAGGUCCGAGCUGCAUUCCUGCAGCCUCGCUGGAAGCACAGACUCCUGGAGCAAUUGAAAAGCGAGACAGCGCCUUGAUCCAGCAGGUCAUCGUGACCGGGGCUUUGGCCACAUCCACGGAGCAGAGGCGGGACUCAAGCCCGAGCCUAUCCACGAUGUGA